AUGGAAGGUUCCGGUGAAGAUAACAGAAUGGCUAAAAUCCGCACAGUCGACGGAGGAUAACUUGAUGUGCCUAUUGCUGUUCUGAAAGUGAGUGGUUACUUCAGUGAUUUCCUUGAAGGCAGCGAAUCUGUUAACGAGGAGCUCGAUAUCUCACCAUUCUAACUUGUGACCAAAGAAAUGAUGGAGUAUGUAGUUGAAUUCUCCAAGCUCGCUAUCCUUUACAAGUCACCAAACAUAUCCAGACCAAUAUUCCAUCAAAGUAUCUAUGAAGUCACCUGGCCAGUGUAUGCUGAAUUCGCAGACAAAUUCGAUGAUGAAAAGCUUAGCCAUCUUAUUCUAGUUGCAGACAGACUUAAUAACUAACCUCUUCUUGAACUAUUGUCAGCUCAGCUAGCUAUUAAAAUAUAAAAGCUUGAAGGAAAGCUUGAAGGCACAGAAAAAGAGAAAAAAGAUUAGACAACACAGAAGAUUAGAGAAUACUUCCAAAUUACAGAUCCAUUCGAUUCUCCAGAGAGUGAAAAAAGAAUUAAGGCAGAAAAUGAGGAGGCGUUUGAGAUGUUCGAUCUUAAUGACGAUGAUGAUUGA